AUGCCAGAUACAAGGCCUGGCUGCCAAAGAAAAUGUGGGAAUGUUAGCAUCCCAUACCCGUUUGGCCUAGUGGGAGAUGAUCCAACCUGUUUCAAAAAUGAUGACUUCAAGUUAUUCUGCAACACUGCUAUCCUUCCUCCAAAAUUGACGUUUUAUGGCGAUUAUGACGGAGAUGAGCAUACCAUUCUCCAUAUAUCACUUGCUGCUCAUCAACUAACGACUUCCAUUCUCGGAAGCGUAAUAUGUUACACGGGUGAACGUGUAAGCGUAAGUUAUUCUUUUCCAAACACAUACAGGCUCUCCAAUACCAGAAACAGAUUCAUGGCAGUCGGUUGCGACACGUAUGGCAAACUGUAUGAUUACAAGGACUCUGUGUUCUAUGUGGAUUGUCGAUCUUCAUGCUUGAACGAUACAGAAGUGACAGCUAGUUCAUCUUGCGGUGGCUUUGGUUGCUGCCAGACAACCAUACCAAACGAUCUUAAUGAUUUUUUAGUAAGCAUAGGGAGCCGUAACGGCUUCGAAUACACAAGGAAUAUUAGUAGAUGUGGGUUGGGUGUUCUUCUGUCCGACGAGCAGGAUUCAUUAUUUGACUCACAAGUAUCACAGCUCUGGGAGAUGAGAAACGAUGUUGAACACCUUCUAACUGUCGGGAUCAGCACUUCCAUAAUUCUGGACUGGGCAAUACUUAGAAACCAGAGUUGCGAGGAAGCACAAAGAAGUGCGACUACUUAUGCCUGCGGGAGCAACACAUAUUGUACAAACUCCACAAAUGGUCCUGGAUAUCUUUGCAAUUGCCUGCAAGGUUACCAAGGGAAUCCUUAUCUCCCCGAUGGAUGCCAAGCUUACCUUGGGGAUGGUUUUCUACUUCCUUCAAUUGAAGCACCACUAGCAGGGUACUACUACUUCUCGGUGAGGCAGCGCAUCAAGGUGUUGGUUAGGACCUCAACCUCUGUAAAGCACUGGAAGGAGAGGUUCUUCUUUGUGCGUUGUCCUAGAGGUUCGCCUCUCCCAGCUGUGCUCCAAGAGCCGAGGACUAAGGCGUUGCAGCUUGCGUUGGCUCUGCUUACUGAGGAGUAG